AGACAAAGAAGAAGACUAUACAGCAAUGAUGGCUCCAGUAAAUGCUCCAGCACUUAUGACACAGCAACCUGGCAUAGGAGCCACUGUGCAACAAGCACCCGGAAGUGGACCACAACAGCCAGUGCCUAUUGUCAUCUACGUAAAGCCUGAACAGCAAAACAGAUGUGGGCCAAGGCCUAUGCAAAGAGUACAAGGAAGACCGAACCAGGGAAGAAACUUAUGCUGGGGGUGUGGAAAACCAGGACACAACAGGAGGGAGUGUACUACAAACCCUUGGAACAUAAACCAACAACAAGGCUCUCAAUGGCAAGCAGGCCAGCAACAGCGAACACAAUGGCAAGGUCAAGGACAACAAGGACAACAACAACAAGAACAGCAAGGACCUCAUUGGCAAGAACAGCAGAAUCAACCCUGGCAGAAUCAACAGCAGCAGGGACCAGUCAAUCCAUGGCGGGGUCCAGAUGUUGGCUACUAGGGCUGCCCAGAAGAUCCUACUGGGAGGGGUCAGCAUCCAAUGAUAACUGAGAAUGCUGAUACAGAACCUAUGCUGCAGGUUAAGAUUGAAGGCAAGAUCACACCAAUGAUGAUAGACACUGGAGCAACAUACACAUGUAUAAAUUCAGAAUAUGCCUCACACCUCCCAAUGUCUGGAAAGUUCACAAAGACAGUAGGAUUUUCGGGAAAAACGCAGCUAAUUCCAAUAACAGCUCCAGUUUGUCUAAGGACCAAGGACAAAGAAGUAACAUUACCCAUCUUAGUAUCAGAACAAACCCCUGUUAAUUUGUUAGGAAGAGAUGCCCUCUGCAAGUUAAAGAUUCAAAUACUAUGUUCCCCAGAAGGUAUUUACAUUGAAAGCAAGGGAGUCAGACAAAUGGUAAUCACAACCCCCCAAGCUAAUGCUUACUGGUUAGGAAAUUUAGAGGAAGAGGUAGGGAAGACAUUACAAAAAUGGGAAAAGUUUAUUAAGGAACAAAUCGAAGAGCCCAAAUUACCCGAAUUAGAACCCCACUGUACCAUGAUCUAUGACCCAUUACGCAGAGUAGACAUAGAAAAAAGAUGGUUACAAGAAACCAAAGACAUGGAAGUUCCCCUUGUUUCACAGCAUAUAAUCAUAGGCCCACAAGGAGCAGCAUUACAAGUUGAUGACAAUGAUUUUAUUAAGAAAUGGUUUCAGGUCCCAAACUCAGUUCCCCAUAUCACACUAUAUUUAGAGAAGGAUAGUGAGUCUAAGGAAAUAGGCCCAAUGAUGAAAAAAGCUAAAGGACUACAAUGGAAAAACACAGAUAACCCCUUAAUAUUUUUAUCAGCAGACAAACGAUUUAUGAAGAUUGCAUGUGCCACAAUUAUGCAGGGAACUCCUAGAGAGGUGGAAGUCAAUGGUCAAAGUAAAAUGAAUUUGGAAACCAUCUUAGAAAAAGAGAUAAAACAAACAGAGCUUCUCAAAGAAAUGGAGCAACUGGUUCCUGAUCAAUUAUGGUCAAAACAUGACACAGAUGUAGGGCUGAUAAAAUCUGCCAGCCCUAUAGUUAUCAAAGCAAAACCAGGAACUAAGCUACCUAACAAAUACCAAUAUCCAUUGAAACCUGAAGCAAUAAAUGGCAUCAGGGAAACCAUAGAUGGACUGAUUACAGCAGGAGUGCUGUUCAAAACAUCUAGUCCUUGUAAUACUCCUAUACUGCCCGUUACCAAAGCAGACAAAGCAAAAUGGCGCUUGGUACAUGACUUAAGGGCAGUCAAUGAAAUAGUGGAAGAUUGGCCAGUAGAAGUUCCGAAUCCUCACACCCUGCUCACAAAUGUGCCGCCUGAUGCUAAAUAUUUUACAGUAAUUGAUCUUUGUUCUGCUUUUUUCAGCAUUCCAUUGGCUGAGAGCAGCAGGCACUUGUUUGCCUUCACGUAUGAGGGGACUCAGAUAUCCUACACUAGAGUCCCUCAAGGGUUCCGCCAUAGCCCCCACAUAUUCAAUCAGCUGUUAAAAGCUGACUUGGAAGAUCUGGUAUUGGAUAGCACUCUUCUGCAGUAUGUUGAUGAUUUGUUAAUUUGCGCACCUACACUUGAACAAUGUCACAGAGAUUCUAUUAAGGUACUAACCAAGCUAGCAGAAGGAGGACAUAAAGCCUCAAAGGCAAAGUUACAGUAUUGCCUUCCCCAAGUAGAGUACUUGGGAAGACUGAUUGCAUAUAAAACCAAGGCAAUAUCACAAAGUCAAUUAGAGGGAAUUAGCAAGGUUCCACUGCCACAGACUGUUGGUCAUAUGAUGACAUUCCUGGGCAUGACUGGGUUCAGCUCAGACUGGAUAGAGGAUUAUGCAAUAAAAACUGCCCCUUUGAGAGCCCUGAUGAAACAGGCAGGACAACAAAAUUUAAGAGCCCCACUUACAUGGAAUAGUGAUGCAACAAUAGCAUUUGAGUCCAUUAAAAGAGAACUGCAAAGUGCUCCAGCUCUGACCAGCCCUGACUAUACGAAACCUUUUCACCUGUAUGUAGCUAACAGAAAAGAGGGAUAUGCCUCUGCAGUGUUGAUGCAAGAAACUUGUAAGGGAAGAGGAAAACAGCCCAUUGCCUUUUAUAGCACAAAACUGGAUAGUGUAGCACAGGGAUAUCCCCCUUGUUAUCAAGGACUCGCUGCUGUAUAUUAUGCUUAUGAGAAAGCUUCUACUUUGACUAUGGGGUACCCUGUGACUAUAUAUGCGCAUCACAAGGUGGUUGAAAUGUUGGAACAGGGCAGAUUUGUUUUGACACAGGCCAGAAGUCUGGCAUAUUCAACUCUUUUGACAUAUCCAGAUGUAACGAUAAAACAUUGUACUACUGUAAAUCCAGCUAACUACAUACCUUUGGAAAAUGAGGGCACUCCACAUGAUUGUGUUGCUGAAUCACUAGCAUUUACCCGUCUUAGACCAGACUUAGAGUCUACACCAAUAAUGCAUGCUGAAGCUGAUUAUUUUGUGGAUGGAUCUUGUUUCAGAGACCAUCUGGGAAAUCAUGCUGGUUUUUCUGUGGUUAAGCGAAAAGAUGAUGGAUUUAUACCUGUGAUUUCUCAACAUUGUGAGCAACCGUGUUCCGCACAACUGGCUGAGCUAAAAGCUCUGACCACAGCUUGCCAGUUGGCAAAGGGACGAAUUGUAAAUAUUUAUACAGAUUCUGCAUAUGCACAUGGAGUGUGCCAUUUAUAUGGGGCCGUCUGGAAACAAAGAGGAUUUAAAAAGAGUGACGGUACCCCAAUACAACAUGCAGAACAAAUUGUACAGUUAAUUUCUGCAAUGAUGCAACCAAAACUUUUAGCCGUUGUUAAGUGUCAAGCACACAAAAAGGGAAAUGAUUUUGUAAUUGUUGGGAACAAUGCUGCAGAUGCUGAGGCUAAAAGAGCUUCAGGGUGCCUAACUGCUGUAAUGGCCCCCAUGGUAUUAGUACAACCCGAGCCCCGCAUUACAGAUCUUGCUCGCAUACAGGAGCAGGCAAGUGCUGUUGAACAGUCAGUAUGGCAGCAAAGGGGGGCCACAAGAGAUGCAAAUGGAGUAUGGCGCUCUCAUGAAGGACUUAUAAUUGCACCGCAUGCCCUAUUGACUGUAUUAAUUUCAGAGACACAUGGGUUUGAUCAUUGCGGUCGAAAUGAGAUACUUCGAAAGAUCAAGCAACAAGGAUAUUGGUCACCUUAUUUGCAAGCAACAGUGGAUGAUUACCUAACAGGAUGUGACAUUUGUGCUCAGAACAAUGUUAGAAAAGGGACUUCAGCACCCAUAGGACACAUCCCUGUACCUGAGGGACCUUUUAAACACUUAGUAAUGGAUUAUGUUGACAUGAUCAAAUCAGUCAGAGGAAAAAGAUACAUGUUGGUGAUUAUAGACAGAUUCAGCAGAUGGGUGGAAGCUGUGCCAUCAGCAGACCAGGGCUCUGGGACUGUGAUUAAGUUCUUGACAAGAGAAGUGAUCCCUAGGUUUGGAAUUCCUUCUGAGAUCAGCUCGGAUAACGGCUCCUCUUUUAUUCAACGAGCCGUAAAGACUGUCUUACAACAGUUGCGAAUAAAACAGCGGCUAGGCUGUGUUUACAGACCUCAAUCUCAAGGAAUGGUUGAGAAAGCGAAUGGGACUUUAAAAGCAAAGAUAAAUAAGAUCUGUGCAGAUACCAAAUUGAACUGGGUAGAUGCAUUACCGUUGGCACUAAUGAACUAUCGCAUGCAAACUAACAGAACCACGAAUUUGACCCCACAUGAAAUGCUCACGGGCAGACCUAUGCCAGUGCCAUACUUAAGGGGCCCUUAUGAUGGACCGCCCUUGGAACAAUUGCAAGUUGAAUUAAGAACUUAUAUGAGACAAUUAACUGCUAUACAUGAGGCUAUAUAUUCACAGGAGCAUCGCCGAGGGCCCAGAGAGGACGAAGAAGCUCCAUGUGCAAUCGUUCCUGGAGACCAAGUCUAUCUGAGGGUCUUCAGAAGGAGAUGGAAUGAGCCGCGGAGAGAAGGGCCUUACACAGUCGUACGAGCAACACCAACAGCAGUACAAGUGGAAGGAAGCAACACCUGGUACCACUUGAACCAUUGUACCAGAGUACCACAACUCCGUCGACGAGAUCCUGAACAAGCCGUCGAGGAACUAUCAGAGACUUCAGACGAAGCACAGCACCAAGAUGAUAGUCAGGGGACCCCCGAGAGAGCUCCCGACCCUGCUCCAGAACCACCUAGGGCGGCUGCGAGACAACCGGAGCAGCUCCCACAGCACGAGCCAGAGCAGAGGGCACAGCAGGAGAGACUCGACCAGGAGCAGGAGCAGACACAGCACGAGCCGCCGCCCGAGCCAGAACAGAGGCCACGACCAGAACGAACGGGGCAGGAGCCAGGCCAGAGCACAGAACACAGACAACCGACGGAGCAUGCUGGCAGGCCUGUAUACGAUCCUGACAUACAUGGAGAACAUAGUGCAACUCGAGAUAGCCGCAGUAGACAGGAACCAGACACCGUUCCGACCCCGACAAGCGACAGGGAAUUACGCCCAGGCCCAAGUCGGGAGGGAGAUGCAGGACAUUCUGAUCACGAUAUUGCUACUGGUGAGCCUGGUACAGACCAUACCACAGACCCAGGGGUACCUGACCCAGAAUUAUCCCUUGAACAACUACUGGCAGAAGAAUUCCCAACAAUCAAUGUGUCAGAUCUCAGUUGGUCACCCCCAGACUUCGAUUUGUGAUGAACUACCACAGUAUGAGAGACUUUGGGACAUUGCUAUUCACAAUGAGUGGUAUAGAUGGGCACAUUUUACAGUGGAACAGUCAUAUAUGGACAGUUGUGUGUUUUGCACCCCUUCACCAUUAAGCAAACUCAUCGUUGUGCCAAACCCAUAUGACUAUAGACAUUGUGCUGGACAUUACACAAAACAGUGUGAUAAAAAGAGAAACACUGUUCCUUUUUGCCAUGCAGAGUGCUUAGCUUUGGCAGGACGAAAAAACAGGGAAAAGUACUACACUCACCCAUUAUGGGGAAAGGAAUGUAUGGACAUUGAUGUAAACCUGCCAGCAAAUAUGAUUGAAGUUCCAGUUGUUUAUGACAUAGAUUAUACAUUACAGUAUGAAUGCUUUAAUAGUACAUACAAAAAGGGUGGUAACGAUGUAGGAUUGUUUGAAGGAAAUUGCAUAACUGUUUGGCAUUUGGAUAAAAACAUGCGAAGUCAAAAGAGUGUUAAAAAACAGUGGAGUAAUCAGUUUGCUUCAGCCACAAUCACAGAUAACUUUACAGUAGUAGGUUGGGAAAGCUGUCCAAAUAUGACAACAGGAUGGCCAUUAAUUGAAUCUUACCAAACCCAAGUGAAUGCUAUUGCUGACUAUUUUUGGUUAUGUGGAGGAAGCAAACUAAGGCCAACAUUGCCAGAAAAAUGGAUAGGCUUAUGUGCAAGAGUAAAACUAAUACAAGAUGUUACUAUUAUUACAUGGGACCCAAAUGAAAAUGUAAAACGCACGCCCAAACAUAACAUAAUUAAGAGAGCAUACCAAAGUGACCCUAAUGUUUAUUUGGAUACUAUUGGCCAACCUAGAAAUAUUCCACACCAAUUUAAAGCAAGAGAUGAGAUUAGAUCUGGAUUUGAAUCUAUUCUUGUAUGGAUAACCCCAAAUAAGAACACAGAAUGGAUUAACUAUCUGUAUUACAAUCAGCAGAGGUUUAUUAAUUUUACAAAUGAUGCACUUGAAGCCCUUGGAGAACAAUUGGCCCCAACGAGUAAAAUGGCCUGGCAAAAUAGACAGGCCCUGAACUGGUUAUUAGCUGAAAAAGGAGGGGUUUGUGUAAUGUUUGGAGAAGAUUGUUGUACUUAUAUUCCUAAUAAUACCUCCCCUGAUGGGUCUUUCACUCAUGCUAUGGAAAAAUUGAAAAAUCUGAGGGAUGAAGUAACGGCCAAUGCUGGAACAGAUAGGGCAUUUGAAACAUGGUUUGAGUCAAUGUUUGGGUCCUGGAGAAAAUGGCUAACUCAAGUGGGAAUGAUAAUUGUUGUUGUUCUAAUGAUUUCCGCAAUAUUAUUUUGUUGUGUUCUCCCUAUGAUAAGGUCUUUGUUGGUUAGAGCCACAGCAAAACAAAUGUCACUACAUGCAAAGUUACAUAUGCACAAUGACUCUGAGGCAUUUAUGUUAACCAUGGUCACAGCAAUGGAAAAAUGUGAAGAAUAUGAUGACAUUCCAUAGUUGUUUAAUGCAAAACCAAAACAAGGGGUGCCACUUUUGUUUUACCAUUAUAGUUUUGUUUUUGAAUAAUAAGGGAGAUAGCUUAGAAUUGUUUUCCUUUUGGGACAUGUAGUAUAGUUAUAUUCUUUUAAGACACUUAUAGGCAGGAAGAUAGCUCAUGUUUUGUUUAUUGUUUUGGCAGUGAACCCCUUCCCCUUUUGAAACUGCACAUGUAAAAAACAAGUUGAUUUAUAACCCCAAAAAGAAAGGGCUAUGUAUUAUGUGUUCUCUCUUUCUUUCUCUCCAUUUUUCUAUCUUUAUCUACCUCACUCUUAUCACAACCCUUGAGCAGGACAAGAUUGGGGGUGUUUCAAAGCAGGACUGCAGAUAGGAGUUUCUGGUCAGAGUGACAUCACGGACGCAGACUACCUAUUACGACGAGAGGAAAUUAAAUUACCAUGGAAACGAUGUAUGCCACUGACAGAAGAAGAAUAUUCACGGAACCGAGA